AUGACUAUCAAGGGCGAAAAGAACAUCAAAGUGGUGAGAAAUCGCAUGCUGAUGAAGAACAAGAAGAAGAAGAGGAAGGUGCUGAUGAGGAUGACAAUGUUAGCGAAGAUGAAGCUGCAAAAAAGGAUGCUAAAGGACAUUAAGGAGUUUUGGGUCAAUUUCAACAACACAUCGAACAAUAAAAUGGCCGAGAUUCAAAACUUGCUUUGUGAUGAACUGGUUAAGUUGGAAAACAAAAUUCUUAACCAGGGAGGCAAUGAAGAAGUCAAUGAGGAGCAGCUAGAUAAAAGUAAUAAAUAUGAGGAUGAACAACAAGGAGAAGAACAUCAGACUGAGGAGGGUGAAGAUGACCAGCCACGAGAUGAUGAAGUUAUGACUGUAGAGGGUGGAGAAGAACAUCAAAGUGGUGAGAAAUCGCAUGCUGAUGAAGAACAAGCAGAAAAAGAGGAAGGUACUGAUAAGGAUGACAAUGUUAGCGAAGAUGAAGCUGCAGAAAAGGAUGCUGAAGGUACACAGGAGGCUGAAACUGAAGAAGGGAAUGAAGAAGGAAAAAUGGUGGGGGAAAGUAGUGCAACUACCCACAAGAAGGUCAACUAG